AUGAAACAGCAGCGCCGGCAGCAGCAGCAGCAGAGCCGCCAGCUGCAACAGCAGCAGCAGCAGCAGCAGAGCUUCCAGCUGCAACAGCAGCAGCAGCAGCAGCAGAGCCUCCAGCUGCAACAGCAACAGCAGCAGCAGCAGAAUCUCCAGCUGCAACAGCAGCUGCAGCAGCAGCAGCAGAGCUCUCCGCUACAGCAACAGCAGCAGCAGCGCCAGAAUCACCCCCAGCCGAAGCCGCAGCAGCGGCGGAGGCCCUCCCAGCCCCCGCAGUUGGCUCGACAGCAGCAGCAGCAGCAGCAGCACCGCCACGAGCAGCAGCAACAGCGGCAGCACCGCCAGCAGCAGCAGCAGCAGCAGCAGCAGCAACUAUAUCUCUCCCCAGACGACAAAAGCUCCGCAGUGAGGCCGGGGAAGGCGGGGGGCCCCCUGGGGGAGUGGAGGGGGGCCCCCCGAGCAGCAGCAAAGACCCAAAAGGGUACAGAAAAAGAGAGAAGAUGGGGAAAAGAGAUGAGACGAAAGGGGGCAAAAGGGGGAGAAGAAGCAGCAGGAAAAGGAGACAAUGCGGGAGAAAAAGAAAGUGGAGAAGCUGCAGAAGAAAUGGAAGAAGAAGAAAAAGAAAAUGAAAAUGAAAAUGAUAGAGCCAUUCAAAACCCUCAAGAAGUGCUGCUGGAGAGGCUGCCCUUCAAUAUGCCCGUCAGGGACCUUCUAGACAAACACGGACAUGAUGGAGUUUAUUUUGGCUUCCUAUAUCUCCCCCACAUUGCGUUCCUGGGACGGGAAGAAGAGGAAGCAGCAGGUCCCAGCAGCAGCAGCAGCAGCAGCAGCAGCAGCAACAGCAGCAGUGGUGGUGGGGUGUUCGUGCACCCUCUGUCGAAAGGCUUGUCAGUUUUGAGUGGAGCCCUUUAUAACUUUGCAAUUCAAAAGUUGCAUUUAAAGCCUUCCAGCUGCCUCAACGAAAUAUCUGCAGAGGACAUUUCGUUGCUGCUAGCUGCUGCGCCUUCUUCAUCAUAG